UUGGAUUUUUCUGCUUCUAGCUUUCAAUUUCUGUGAGAGAAAAUUUGUGCCAUGAAUUAAAAUUUGUUGAUUGAAAUGAUUAGCUUUAUGGAAUCGAAAGAGAAAAUGAGAGAAACAGAGAGAUGUUUGGAUUCUCAAUUAUGGCAUGCCUGCGCCGGCAGCAUGGUGCAGAUGCCAUUGAAGAAUUCCAAGGUGUUUUACUUCCCACAGGGCCACUCUGAGCACAGCUGUGGGAAUGUUGAUUUUAGGAAUUUUCCAAGAAUUCCUGCUUACAUACCAUGUCGAGUUUCUUCGAUUAGUUUCAUGGCGGAUCCUGAUACGGAUGAGGUCUUUGCCAAGAUGAGAUUGUCUCCGACUAGUGGGAGUGAUGCCACCGAGGUUGAUCAUGAUGAAGGAGGGGCUGUUGGCUCUGAGAAUCAAGAAACGCCCGCUUCGUUUGCAAAGACUCUGACACAGUCUGAUGCCAACAAUGGUGGGGGAUUUUCAGUGCCUAGGUACUGUGCGGAGACCAUAUUUCCCCGGCUGGACUACUCUGCAGACCCUCCCGUGCAGACCAUUCUUGCUAAGGAUGUUCAUGGCGAGACCUGGAAGUUUAGGCAUAUCUACAGGGGGACACCAAGGCGGCAUCUUCUCACAACCGGGUGGAGUACUUUUGUGAACCAUAAGAAGCUCCUGGCGGGGGACUCGAUAGUGUUCAUGAGGGCGGAGAAUGGUGAUCUUUGCGUUGGUAUCAGGCGGGCGAAGAGGGGGGUUGGUGGUGGAACUGAUACGUGGAAUCUGGCUGGAGGGAACUCCAUUGUGCCUUAUGGGGGUUUUUCAUCGUCUCUGAGGGAUGAUGAGAAGAACAAUAAUGUGAAUUGGAUAGGAAGGGGGAGAGUGAAGGCGGAAGAUGUAGUCGAAGCUGCAAGUCUUGCUGCCAGUGGGCACCCCUUUGAGGUGGUGUACUAUCCCAGAGCCGGCACUCCUGAGUUCUGUGUGAAGGCCUCUCUGGUGAAGGUAGCAAUGCAAAUACGUUGGUGCUUGGGGAUGAGGUUUAAAAUGGCAUUUGAGACCGAGGAUUCCUCGCGCAUAAGCUGGUUCAUGGGAACUAUAUCAUCAGUUCAGGUUGUUGAUCCUAUUUGGUGGCCUGAUUCACCUUGGAGACUACUUCAGGUGGCCUGGGAUGAGCCUGAUCUGCUUCAAAAUGUGAAACGAGUAAGCCCUUGGCUCGUUGAACUCGUAUCAAACAUGCCUGCCAUUCACCUUUCCCCUUUCUCACCACCAAGAAAGAAAAUGAGAUUACCACAGCAUUCAGAUCACCCUUUCGAUGGACAAAUUCCUAUGCCACCAAUCAGCCACCAGCUUGUCGGGUCUAGCAAUCCCUUCGGGUUUCUUCCUAAUACCACUCCUGCUGGCAUGCAGGGAGCCAGGCAUGCUCAAUAUGGUUUAUCAUUAUCAAGUCUCCACGUAAAUAAGCAACUGCAGUUGGGUUUGUUUCCCGUAGGUUUUCUGCCUCAUGACCGAUAUCCUACUGGACCGUCCAGUCCCCUCCUUCCGACGACUGCCAGCAAUGAGAACAUUUCAUGUCUACUUACCAUGGGAAAUCCAACUCAAGGAUCAGCUAAACCUGAUCACGGCAAGGCAGCCCCAUUUGUGCUUUUUGGUAAGCCAAUACUUCCAGAGAACCAGAUUUCUCUAAGUUGCUCUAGUGAUACAGUUUCUCCCACUCGAACUGGCAAUAGUUCCUCUGAUGGGAAUGUAGAGAAAACGGGAAAUACUUCUGAUGGAUCUGGUUGCGGCAUUAAUCAAAAUGAAGUACCAGAGCACUCAUCAUGUGAAGGAAUUCAACCAGAUAUUAUGGAAACUGGUCACUGCAAGGUUUUUAUGGAAUCUGAGGAUGUAGGGCGUACACUAGAUCUUUCUCUACUAGGUUCUUAUGAACAACUGUACAAAAAACUUGCGGAUAUGUUUGGCAUUGGUGUCUCAGAAAUACUGAAUAGAGUUCUCUGCAGAGAUGCUGCAGGCAGACUCAAGCCAGUUGGCGACCAACCGUUUAGUAACUUUAUCAAAACUACUCGGAGGUUAACGAUCUUAGCUGAUUCGAGCGGUGACAAUGUAGAAGUAUAGACGUGUUCCUAAGUAAUUUAUGCUUUGAUUUUCUGACUAUACUGCUGAACGACAUUCUUGAGUUUCUUUUCUGCUUCUGGAUGUGUAAUAAGGAAAUUUCUCCCAUCGAUCUCGAGUCACUGCCUUGGUCUUCUGCAACUUGCAAGAUGUGCCAAAAGGGUUGGUGAUACUGGUCUUGUUUCUUUGCCCUGUGAGGCUUUAUGUGGGGAAAUUUCAUGUUAGUUUUUUUUCACAAUUUAUGCCCAGGCAUUUCCUUCUAUGGGAAUGAACAUGUUGGACUUGAUCCCAUAGCAAUAUAGCAUAAUGUUUGCUGAUUUAAUAGAUUUUUAGAGAAAGGCAGACUCUUGUUGGUUUUCUCAGUGAAGAUAGUUGGCCUGAAUUUUCUGUGUACAACAUAGAUUUGAUAUAAAAUGUAACUACUUUAUUUA